UACUCAGGUGAACUUCUCCGACUGAGCUGCUCUCUCCCCGAAGCCGAGUGGGUCUUGUGACCUCAGAGCCGACACUCUGUUCAAGAUGGCCGUCUUGAGUGAAGAAUUUACACCUCUCCUCUGAAACUAAUCCAACAGUUAGCUGUCUUGGCAAGUUCAGUUCCGUGUUUAGAAAAUGGCACAUCGACAGUGUCCUUGCUUGCUCCCGUUUUAGACCGGAACUGCUGAGGUCAUGGAGUAAACCCGCCCAGGAACCGGAGCGAUCCAGGGCCCUCUGCUGUAACCCAGAAUGGACAGCUUCUUCAAAGCAGCUGUUUGUGAUCUGGACAAAGUUCUUGAUGACUUCGAGCUCAAUUCAGAGGAACUUGAAUGCAAGCCUGUUUUCCUGAAGCCCCCUGUCUACCCGUUUUCAUCUCUGGCCCCUCAGGAUUCCUCCUCAGAGGUCUCCAGUUCCUCAACAAGCCUCCCAGACCUCAAUUCUCUUCACUAUGGCUCUGCAAGAAGCUGUUCCAACAGCUCCGGCAGCCACCUGCAGGGCGCCGACGGAAGCGAGGUCAGAGGUCAGCCCCUGACAGGCGUCGACCUUCUGUCGUCCGUGGACCGCAGGCCUGCCAAAAGCUCGGCGCCCCCUUGCCCGGACAGAACUCUGAAGCCAGUGUGCGACCUCGUAAACGACGCGAGCUCGGCCAUCUUGGUACGGGCCAACAGUCACGAUGCAUUCAGGGAGCUGGACGCUGCUGAACAGCAGAUGGAGGAGGAGAAGGAGGCGUUGCUUGUGGACUUCGACACCCCCAUGGUCGCAGAGGUGGGGGCAGGGGUCAACUUGAACAGCGUUACAGAGGAGCAAACUUCUGCAGGGACAGAUGAGUUGCAUCAGCAGAGCGGCGGUUACUCUGCUUCACUCAGUUUGUUGGACAUUAUUUUCCCCGCAGCAGUGGAGAAAAGCUCAGAACUUAUUGAAGAGUCACAGUCGAGAACCACAGAGUCUGCUGAUGAAGACGAGAAGGAGAGCGAAGAGGUCUUCUCAGACCAAGUGGUGGGGAAUUCCUUGAACCUCCAUGAAACAGAUCCUACAGAAUCCAAUAAACAAGCGACUUUAUCAAACGAAGAGCAUUCAUUGGAUAAGAUGUUGGAAGAAGGUGUAGCUGAGUCUACUGAAGGGUUGAUGAAUGAAUCAAAUGGCGAAGCAGUCAGCUUAUCAUGCCUGCCGAUAGCCGUGUCAAUGUGUGGCGCUCUGGUGAAGUCGAAUACCUCAGAAGACGAUUCAGAGGCAGCGGCAGAGCGUUGUGACGGGGUGGUGGCAUCUGAGGACACAGAGACGGAGUUGCCGUUGGCUCUGGAACCGAAGGAUGACACCAGAGACUCUACUAGGGAUGAUGACCCCGCUGAUUCAGAGCAGAUUCCAGAGCGCAGGCCAUCUCCGGAAGGCCAACAUGGCUCCCUAGAAUCUACCGUUCCUGCAGAACUCCCUACCUCUGACCAUUUGGAGUCCAGUCCGGUCGGUCCCCCCGAGUUCGGCUUUGAGUAUCUACCUGAGAGCGACCAGGCUGAGCUGCUGGUCACGGACGAAGAGUUGGACGCUUUCCUUCAGGCGCAUGCCGAAGCGGAGCAGGGUGCAGGUGCUUCUUUCUGCAGCAGUGCCAGAGAUUACACCGAACCAGAGUGUCUCUCAGAGUUGGACCAAGGUCUGGAAGAACAGCAGAUUGAGAAAGGCCAACAAAGCUGCAGUCAGGAUGGACGGGAAGACCUGGAGGAACUGGGCUUUCCAGAAAGUUGCAGAACAGCUGCUGCUACACCAGUAUUACCUUGCCAAGACGACUCCUCUGGAGUCAGCUAUUCUUUAACCAGCAACCCUUCCCUGUCCCAGCACAGAAGUAGCUCUGAACAACAACACUCCUAUGGAGGUGCGAGACCAAAACAGCCAUACAGCCAAACUACCAGACCUCCACCUGCCGGAGAAGAAGGCGUGGAGCUUAAUGCCUCUCCAACACCAGAAGACGAGGAGAGCCCAAGUCCUAUAGAGGAGCACUCCAGAUUCAGGGAUUCUAACUCCAGCAACACCUCUCAGGAUUUCUCCGUGGGGUUUGAUGAGCUCUCAGAGCCGCCUCCUUACCCCGGGGAGGAACCAGCGGCUGUUGCCAGGUCAACAAGCUGGAAGAGGGACGGCAGUGAGGAGCUGGGGAGCAGACAGCCAGAGUGGGUGCCAGACUCUGAAGCUCCAAACUGUAUGAAGUGCAAGCAGAGGUUCACUUUCACCAAGAGGCGGCAUCACUGUCGAGCCUGUGGGAAGGUGUACUGCGCUGGGUGCUGCAACAGAAAGUGUAAGCUGAAGUACCUCGACAAGGAGGCUCGAGUGUGUGUCCUCUGCUUUGAUACCAUACACAAAGCCCAGGCCCUGGAGCGGAUGAUGAGUCCCACGGGCCCGAGCCCGAACCCCAACGUCCCGUCUGAGUACUGCAGCACCAUUCCCCCUCUGCAGCAGGCUCGCGCGGCCGGAACGCUGAACUCCCCCCCGCCCACCGUCAUGGUCCCCGUCUCUGUUCUCAAACACCCCAGCAAUGACGCUUGUCCACGUGAGCAAAAGCGCGUUUGGUUUGCUGACGGUAUCUUGCCCAACGGGGAAGUGGCAGACACGGCCAGGCUGUCGGUGACGAGCCGCCGGAGCUCCCAGGAGUUCAGCCCAGACCCGGAACCUUCUGGCUCAGGUGGGUUGGACCCUGGAGGUGGUGCCCCAUCCGUCCCUGAGGCUCCUAUGGUCGUGCCGGUGGUGCGAGCUCCGGUGUCUGGACCCUGGGAUUACGGGUUGCUUUCUGGAAUUGGUUCUUCAGUGACAAGGGUUCCCAGUCUGCUUCCAGACAGUCAGGAUGAGCUGCCUCCUCUGCUCAUCACCACCGGAGAAGAUGGCGGAGAAGAUGUUUUGGUGGAGGAGAGUCCAGCUCCCUGUCAGAUCCGACACCUGUUGGAGGAAGGAGGUCCACGUCCGCUAACUUUCGUUCUGAAUGCCAACCUCCUUGUAAACGUCAAACUGGUUAACUACGUCGGCAGACAGUGCUGGUGCGUUGGCUCUAAUGGACUGCAGGCUCUGGGACAGAAGGAGUUGGUGUUUCUGUUGGAGUGUUUGUCAGGAGAAAAAACGCCUCCAAGAGACCUCUUCUCACUUUAUCUCAGCGUUUACCAGGAUGCCCAGAAAGGGAAGUUUGUGGAGGAGUUGGAUAACAUUACGUUCACAAGCAGCUUCCUGGACAGCAAAGAUCAUGCUGGAAUGCUGUUCUUCUCCCCCAGCUGUCAGUUUCUGGACGGCCUCACGCUUCCUCCACAGCCGUUCCUGUUCGGCCUGCUCGUCCAGAAGCUGGAGGUGCCCUGGGCCAAAGUGUUCCCGCUCAGACUGCUGCUACGGCUCGGAGCCCAAUAUGACAUGUAUCCAACGAUGCUCGUAAGUGUUCGUUUUCGGGACUCUGUAUAUCGAGAAACGGGACACACCAUUAUGAAUUUACUGGCUGACCUGAGGAACUACCAGUACAGCCUGCCAGUGGUAGAAGGCCUGAGGAUCCACAUGGAGAUGGGACACAGCUACAUUGAGAUCCCCAAGGCUAGCUUUAGCGAGAUGCAGAAGGUGGUGAAUUCCUCCAAUGAGCACGUCAUCAGCAUCGGAGCGCGCUUCAGUCAGGAGGCCGACUCUCACCUGGUGUGUUUCCAGAACGAAGAAGGAAACUAUCAGACUCAAGCCAACAGCAAGCCAGGGAAGACUCGCACAGUGACUGGAGCCAGCUUCGUGGUGUUUAAUGGCGCGCUGAAGGCCUCUUCGGGUUUUAUUGCCAAGUCCAGCAUCGUCGAAGAUGGGUUGAUGGUUCAAAUCCCACCGGAGACCAUGGAGUCUUUGCGCUCCGCCCUGAGGGAACAGACAGACUUCCACAUCCCCUGUGGGAAGAAUGAUGGCGGAGAGGUCCGAGAGAACGUCACGGUCCGCUGGGUCGACUGGGCCUCUCCCGUCAACUCUGGUAAAACCAGUGGGGUUGAUGGGAGGCCUCUGGAUGGCGUCCCCAGCGUCAGAAUGCAGCAGGAUGCAGAGUUUGAGUCCGACAGCCGCUCCAUUAGAUGCACCGAAGUCUUCUACCAGCUGAAGGCUCCAGACUGCAGCCUGGCAUCCGUGCUGCCGUCCUGCAGCAUGUUUCAGAAGGAGAUCGCCAUGGCGACCUGCAGCGCUCUGGCUCCUCACCUCUCAGUUCUGACCGCAGGCGGCAUCAACUCGCUCUGGCUUCGCAUCUCCACUCAGGCUGACAUGGUGGAGUACCAGGCGGGGUCCGGAGGCCGGCUCCUCCCCCAGCGCUACAUGAACGAGAUGGACAGCGCUCUGAUUCCCGUCAUUCACGGAGGGAGUGCCAGCGUACCGCAGACCGCCAUGGACAUGGAGUUGGUCUUCUACAUCACACACACUUUCCAGUGAACAAAAACGAAACACCACCCACUCAAAAGUAUUAAAAAAGAAAAUAAACAAAAAAAAGAAAAAUGUAGACCCCUCAAGAGGAUGGAUGUAUUUUUAGUGGGAUGCAAACUUUAUAGAAAAUGGAUUUCUGUCGUCACCAAAGCUGCUUCGCCAAACACUAAACACAGAAAACAAGAACAUGGCAGCAAAUCGCUCUGAUCAGCUCUGCCUUCCUGGCUCUCUGGGAGCUCCUCUGUGAAUGUCACUACACACCUUCUCUUAAAACAAGAAAAAAAAGUCAUCUGGAUGUAUUCAUUAUUUAAAACGGGCUAACUGAAUGAACUGACAGCAGAGAAGCUGAUGUUCUUGUGAAGGCAUUCUGGAAGGAUGAAGAAUCUGCUGAAACACAGAAACACAACUUCUUUCUGUCCACAUGGGGACUUUUUUUGUUUUGAGGGUCGUGUAUUUUUUAUUUUUUUUUAUUUAAAUUAUUUUUUGGUUUUCCAUCCAUACACUUGUUUAGGGUCGCUGUUUAUUUCUCUCAGCGCAAAAGAGAAUAGUAAAUUAUUAACAUAGUUUGGAUUAAAAUCGUACCAAAAUCAAGACAAAAAAAUUUUUUAAAAACCAGCAUGUUUCACAGCAACAUAUUCAGAGUAACAAAACCGGGAAGAAACGCUACAAUUGAACGCAAGUCGCAUUUAUUUUACAAACCAAAAGUCCAACUUGACUGGAUAUUUUUGCUAGCUCAGAUUCAGUUCUGCUUAUGGAGCCUUUUUCCUUUUAGUCUAUGAUGGUUAUUCAUUUAUUUGGAAACACAGAGUAUUUUUAUUUAUUUUUUCAUAAAAACAUGAAAUGUGUAAAAAAAAUUACAGCGUCCCCUGGGAGACAUGAGGAUUUUAUUUUUCUUUGCGUUCCCUCGCUAUAACGCAUUUCAUGCGCAAUUUAAAAUUCUAAAAGGUUUUCUGGUACAAAAUAAUUUUUGCAAAAUUUUUCCAGGCAUGCUCGUAUCUUUUUAGUUUUUAUACCCGUUUCUUGUGAAUGCAGACUUACCGCAAACUUAUGUGUGUCCCUACUUAUAUAAAUAUGACAGAAACUUUCUGUAAGAACAAAAUGAUAAAAUCCAUCCAAAAUAUUUAGUGUAUUUUUGAGUUAUUUUCGCAGGGUAAUAUCGGCCAUUUGACAGUUUUUCUGGUCGUCUUUUUCACGUCGGCAGUCUGAAUAAAUGUCUGUUUUCGUUUGCAGUCCCGGCUCCACCGAGACAUAUUACACAAACAACGACGAGAAGCAAAUUUUCUGCACUGGAGUUAAUAAUGAGCACGCUUUCACUGAGGCUCUUUGAAGGUAGUUUUAGUUUUAAGUUGACAUUUUUCACUGUGACUGCAUAUAGAAUAGAUCAGGGUGUUUUCACAAAUUUACUCCGAGGGAACGCAAAAAAAAAAAAAAAAAAAAAAAGGAAAGCUGAGUUUGUUCGAACCGUCUUCUUAACAUCUUCACUCUGAAUGUUUUAUGAGUCGACACCAAGGCUCUUGAAUGUAUCUCUUUAAUGCUCCUCCUGUCAUCCCAUAGCUACCGAUCUCAUGUAGACCUGCACCGAUCACUAUCUUGUAGCCAGUUUCAGAUCCCUGGGGUUUGGAAAGCUUUCAUCGACUUCAGCUGAUUCCACUUCCUCAUUCAGGACUUAAAGGAAGAUUUACAGAGUGAUUAUUAAUUAUUUAUGUUACCAGUUGAGAUGAUGUGGCACCGCUGAGUGAGUAAAACUAUUUGAGAAAAAGCACAAAGCAUGCAUUUUAAGUGCUCUGCUUCAUCUUAUAUCAGCAAGUAGCCUGGCUAGCAGUAAUAACCAGCUGGUCCUAGAAAUGAAAUCAUUUUUUACAUAAAAUUUUAUUUCCGAUAUUAAUUGAUAUAUAUAUAUAUUUUGCUUUAAUAAAUUGUGUUUGACAGAAAGUAUAUAUAUGAAAUAACAUUCGUGACAAAAAAAAAUCCAAAUUUUAAAAUAAAUUCCAAAACAAAAAUUUCAGUUAAUCAAUAAAAUGGUUUUGAAUAUGAUAAAACCGUAAAUCUUGGCUGUAAUAUGCUCAGCCUUCCUGUUCCCUUUCUAAAACAAAGUGUUUCCUUUCUCACAGCUUGAACCAACCGCAGACGUUUUUGGUAUUAUUUCUAAACGCUUUUGACGUCUCUGUACUCCUUGACACUGCACCAAAGGAACAACUUCCACACUGAAGAGUCUUGCUGCUUCUCUGUAGCGCUUAGGCUUUGGUAGGGCGCGUUCACUGUUUGAAAAAAGAUCCAACUUUAGCGUUUCAGAUCAACAUCAAUGUCUCUGUUCGCCUCCUGUCAUAUCGUCACCUUCCUAAAAUGAUGGUAGCAGUCCAUUUUUUUAUGCCAAAAGAUAAUUUAAAUGUAACAAAAUAUAUAAUGUUUAGCAAAACAAACCCCUACACCAGCUGUUAUUUUAAGCAGGUGACGAUAUGGAAACUAAUCAUCUAUGCAUCCUCAGCUGAUCUGUCAUAACUCAUUAACUAUGCAUUUAAUUUAAAGGUUUUUUUUUCCCAGUAUCUGCUGUGAAGGAAUAGUAGGUGGAGCCUAACCAGAUCAACUGAAGCUGACCAAUCAGAGGAAAGCAUCCAGUACGACCCUGAUGGCAGAGAGUAGCUUUGUUCGCUCAUCUAUUUUUCUAGUUUAGGAUAAAAACCAGUGUUUGACUUCUUCUCAUCCAUAUGUAUAAAAAAUGUGCAGAGAUUAUAUAUGUACAGAAGGACAAAAAAACCAAUUUUUUAAUAUUGCAGAGAUAUUUUUGGUAUAACUGAUUUAAAAAAAAAAGAAGAAGCAAAUCUAGUUCAAUGCGAAUGUUUUAAAUCUGCAACCUUGACCCUCCCUCUGCAGGUUGUAGUUUAACCGUCAGCAAACAGAGCCAGGGGAGUUUUGUGCUUCGGGUUAGUGUGUGCAUGACUUGGGCUAUUUGCUGUUUUGUGUCAAUCGGUGAUCAAUAAAAGAGGGGGGGAGAUGAAGAAUAUAUAUUUUUAAUUGAUAAAAAUCAGCGUUUAACUGACCUGUAAAGCUUCGCUUUUUUGUUUUGUUUUUUCUAGUUAGGAUUUCUUCAGAUGAGUCAGAGCUGAAUUUUUCGUCCCCACAACGUUCGAUCUUCAGCUAAUGACAGGUGGAUGUGUGACAGGAACUGCUGGGUGGACACUAAACUUCCCUUAUUUUAACUUUAACAUCUAACAUUUUAGAUCUUUUAGCUGCAGAAAUACAAAAUAAAGAAUGAAGAAAAAAAAAAAAAACUCAAGUAAUGCUGAUGCUUCUGGAUC